CGGCACCACGCCUUGAAUACCUUGGAUAAUAAAUGGCAUUAUGCUUUGAAUACAUCCUUUGAACCUAAAGACACCGCCCCGAAAACUAUUGCUUCGGAUAACAAUCCUCGAUCACAAAAAACUCAUCCAGUGUGA